AAUACUGGCAGUUACUAUUGUAUUUUACUGCUAGCAUCGUGGUUUCUGUAUGAAUGUAAUUGCUAAGCAAAAUUUAAAUAAUUUUUUAUACCGUUAAAAAUUUACAAGUAAUCGAUGAAAUGUUGUAACUUGUGGAUGGUUUUUCGAAGGCUGAAGUGCGUGAAGUUGAGUGGCUGGUUAGAUGUCUGAGAUUUUUCUGGUUGCAAAGCCAAAAGAACCGCAAUAUGUCAUUUAAAAAGUUGGUUAUUGACAAUCUGAAUAUUGUUCGCAAACGGAUUCUGAUGAGAGUGGAUUUCAACGUGCCCGUAAAAGAAGGGUUCAUUACAAACAACCACCGCAUUAGGGCUACUCUCGACACCAUAAAGUAUGCCCUUGAAAAGGAGGCAAAAUCCGUUGUUCUCAUGUCUCACAUGAGUCGCCCUGGUGGGCAGAGAAAUUUAAAAUACACAUUGAAACCAGUAGCGGCUGAACUUCAGAAACUUUUGGACAGAGUGGAUUUUAAUGUCCCUUUAAAAGAAGGGGUGAUCACCAAUAAUCAGCGCAUCGUUGCUGCCCUCGAUACCAUUAAGUAUGCUCUUGAAAAGGAAGCAAAAUCCGUUGUUCUCAUAUCCCAUCUUGGUCGUCCUGAUGGUCUGAAGAAUCAAAAGUACACUUUAAAACCAGUAGCAGCUGAACUGCAGAAACUCUUGGACAGGGAUGUGACAUUCCUAAAUGACUGUGUCGGACCAGAGGUGGAACAAACAUGUGCAAAUCCUAAGGAAGGUUCUGUGAUUCUCCUUGAGAAUUUACGUUUCCAUGUGGAAGAGGAAGGAAAAGGUGUUGAUGAGAAGGGCAACAAGACCAUUCUUGGCCAUUUUAGGAGGAGCCAAAGUUGCAGAUAAAAUUCAGUUGAUUGAAAAUUUACUGGAUAAAGUGAAUGAAAUGAUCAUAGGAGGUGGAAUGGCAUAUACAUUCCUGAAGGAGCUAAAGGGCCUGGAGAUUGGGACUUCACUCUAUGAUGCAGAAGGUGCUAAAAUUGUGCAGAAAUUGAUGGACAAAGCUAAAGCAAACAAUGUGCAGAUUCAUCUCCCAAUUGAUUUUAUAACAGCAGAUAAAUUUGCAGAAGAUGCAGCUGUUGGAACUGGUUCUUUGGAGGCUGGUAUACCUGAGGGUUGGAUGGGUUUGGAUAUUGGACCCAAGACCAGAGAACUCUUCCAAGAACCAAUAGAAAGAGCAAAGGUCAUAGUUUGGAAUGGACCAAUGGGUGUUUUUGAGUUUGCCAACUUUGCAAAUGGGACAAAGUCUGUGAUGGAUAAUGUAGUUGGUGCUACUGCUAAGGGAACAGUAACAAUCAUCGGUGGUGGAGACACUGCCACUUGCUGUGCCAAAUGGGGAACUGAAGACAAAGUCAGCCAUGUCAGCACAGGAGGAGGUGCCAGUCUGGAGUUACUGGAAGGGAAAGUCUUACCUGGAGUUGCAGCUCUUUCAGAUGCCAAGAAGGAUUAAGCCAAAUUGUGAAGUUUGUUUUAUUAAACAAAUGCAAGAAUUUGUUGUAUAGUAGCAAGAAAUGUGUUCCUAAAAGACGACCUACAUGCACAUAAAAUUGGGAGAAUGUGGUUAUUUGUUGUGAUAGAGUGUAUGUUACCACAUUUAUAGAAAGUUGUCCUUAAAAUGAAUUACUGCCAAGAUUUUUUGUGUUUUCUCUGGCGUAAUGACUUAUAAGUCAUUAUACAUCAUUAAAUAUUGUGUCAUUAUUAGGUACAUUUUUAAAAUACAUCCUAAUUUUAAAAAUUAAAAUAUGAUUGUUAUAAUUAGCAUACAUAGUAGAAGGUAUAAAAUUGUAAUCUUUUCAGUUGUCAUAGAAGAUAACAGCUGCUAAGAACCACUUAAUGUGGAGAAUAUAUCACAAGGCAAAACAUUAACUACAUUCAGAUUGUAAAGAUGUAAGAAAAAUAGUUUAAGUGAUAACUUUGGAAGGUUUUGCUUAGUAGUGUAUGUCUGUUACAAUAAAGAAUGUUUUAUAAAUAAGUAAA